GCUUAUUUGUAAACAAUAGAGCAUUUUUAAAUUAUUUGAACUGUUUUGUGAAAAUUCAAAGAAAAUAACUGAAAUAUAUUAUGGCAGCUGCAAUUGCCAUAUUACUUAUGAUGGAGGAGGAGCAGCAACACAGUUUAAAGCGGCGAAUAUUGCGAGAUAAGAGCAACCCUCUCGAGCUGCCGGAGUCAACAUUUAUUGCUCAAUAUCGCUUAAACAAAGAAGCUUUUGUUAUGGUAUUGGACAAAAUUCAGCCACGCUUACGUUCAUCGACGAUUCCCGCAGUACUUCAACUUGCUGCAACGCUUCGUUUUGUGGCCGAAGGCGCAUAUCAGCGAUCAGUGGGAAAUGAUGCAAACAUAAGUAUGGCAAGAAGCACUAUAUCUGAAGUGCUAACACGAGUGAUAAAAACAUUAGAACCUUCUAUAUGUAAUCAAUGGAUACAACUUGCAAUGGGAGCCAGUGAAAAACAAUACUCCAAAGACUAUUUUUAUAACAAAUAUAGAAUUCCUGGCAUCAUUGGCUGCAUCGAUGGAACACAUAUUAAAGUUAUAAAGCCUUCCACUGAUGAACACCUCUACUUUAAUAGAAAAGGAUUCUUCAGUAUGAACGCUAUGAUUGUUUGCGACAGUAAUAUGACGAUUCGUGCAGUAGAUGCAAGGUAUCCUGGAUCCAGUCAUGAUGCGUUUGUUUGAAGCAUAAGCACCGUUCGACAGCACUUUCUUAGGGAGUACGAAAUUGGCGAUCGAACUUCCAGGUUACUAGGAGACAGUGGAUAUGGUAUUGAACCGUUCUUGUUAACUUCAUACAGAGAUCCUGAGUACGGCUCAUCGCAAAAUACUUUUAACAGGGCUCAUUCUUCGGCACGCAAUGUGAUUGAAAGAACGAUAGGCCUUUUAAAAAGUCGCUUUCGAUGCUUACAAGGUACAUUGCAAUAUAACCCACAAAAGGUGGUUAAAAUUGUCAAUGUUUGUUGCGCACUGCACAACAUCUGUCGGUGCUAUAACAUUGAAUGCCCCAAUAUAGAAACUAUCACCGUUUCCACAGAAGUUUACGAGGAAAAUUGUGAAAUUUUAUCACAUGGUAGAAUGCAAAAUGAGGGCCAACGGAUCCGAAACGAAAUAGCAAACGCUCUUUAAAUCUAUUGUUCUUUUGUUAAGGCACACAACAUGAAAUUGUUUAUUUAAAUACGUAAAUCCUUAAAUUAAUUAAAGUAUAGAAUUCAUUGUACAUAUGCAAAUAGUUUUAUUUUAACGUAUUUUAAAUCAGCCAUACUCUUCCAAGGGAUCAUACUCCUCCUCCUCAUGUUUGCGUAAUACUUCAAGCAUUUUUUUGCUGAAUUUUUUGAAUUCCUGUGUUAGGUUAUUAACCGCGCUAACUAAAGCCUUGUCUGUCUCCCUCCCAAUUUUUUGAAAUUCGAGGAUAGCAUCCAUUUUGUUAGAUAUAUCCUGCUUCCAUUCUUUGUCGUACUCAAUAAACUUUUUUAGCCGCUCAUUUGUUGUUUCUUUUGGCGUAGGUUUUUGAGCGAUAGAGGUGUCAAGACGAGGACGUUUCGCAGAAG